AUGUCCACUUCUUCUUCCUGUGAUAUUACCUCCGAUUUUGUAGAAUUUGCCAUUGAUUCCGAAUUCACUGCAGAAAUUGAGCCUCUUACAUCAACCGAUUAUAUUUUAAAUUUCUCGGAAUACGUUGACCAUUGUUUAAAUGCAUCAUCUUUUGAUGAAAAGCUUGAAUUGCAUUUCGAUGCUAUGACAACAAAUGUCUUUGAUGACUCCAAUGUCAAAUUUACGGUGGAUUUAGAUAUUCAAGAAGAGGUGCAAUGUCUUCCUUGUGAAGUUAACAUCGAUGCAAUUAUCACCAAUUGCACAUCCACUGUUCCUAUUCUGCAUAAUGUUUCUUUGGACAUUGACCUUUGUCCAGCUAAAAGUAUGGAGAUCACCCGCAACGAAUACGGGUGUUACACGUACGAAGGUGAUAAGUACGAGGUCAAGAAAAUCCCCUUGACCUUGAUUGGUCUGGUGUCUGGCGAAGCCAAACUGAGCGUGUAUAUCCUGUUCCCUCGAAUGAUUUGUCCAGAGAGAAUUUCUGCUUUCCUUUCGGAUGAUGAACAACGUGAUUUUACCGAUGAGCCCCUCCUCCCAGCUCUUCAAAAGUCCGACUUUAACCGCAUGGACAAAAGCUACAAGGCCGCAGUUUCUCGUGGACGGGGCUGUGUCCCUAAUAAUAUCGUUGAUGGGGACGAUCUCAACAAAACUGUGAAGACGCUUCGUAGAAUGAUCGUCGUCAACGAAUCCCGUUUGGGGAAAUACAAGGACUUUGUCUUCGUUACCAGCGCGUUUGGAUUUAAACGCAAAUUUAGAGGUACAUCCUUCCGGGAUGUACUUUCAUCCACCGUUGAUUGGAUCAACUUUGAGACGCGAACCGAGAAUGGAGAUAGUCUGAUAUCAUUUGUGAAGACUAACGAGAUGACUGGUAUUGCCAGCAUUUUUUGUGGUGAAAAACCAAAAGUUGAGCCAAUGAAUAUGGUUCUGGCUAAUUUCGGUGGUCUUAAGGCAUUAAGCAAAUCUAAAGAACCUGGUCACGCAUCCAAAUUCAUUGUUUACAGUGAUGUAAAAAUCCCGUUUGUUUAUGGCAAAAAAGGGUUCAACGGGAUCCCGGCAGAACGUUGGGAGCCUAACAAUGUUUUGACGGGUCGUGAUCAGGUCAAUGGCCUUUACCAAAAAGCAAUGGAAUGGUACGCUGCUCGAUUGGAAGAAAGCGAACAAGAUCAGUAUACCCUGCGUGCCGAAGGUCGUUUUUUGGCGUCCACCAUUAACAGCGAUUUUGUAAACUUUUUCAAAAAUACGUUCAGUGACCUUAUUCCUGGUUCCUGUUACCAUUUUCGUACGCAGGACUACAUGUCAUAUAUCAGCUGUCGUCUGAACCUCUUGGAUGAGAUGGCACAGGCCUUGAAAGGUCGUAAAGACAUUCGUUCUCUUUCCGGUGUUGCCCUGUUAUCGUUUAUGAUGAACUCACUGAUGCAUCCUGGGAAUUACAAAAGAACAGACAGCCGAAAUUUUGUUUCAAAAAACCGCGACAAAUCAAACGGGCUGUGCUUUAUCCCAGGUGCUUUCACCAACAGUGACGAAGCUCUUCUUGAGUUUUCGGGCACCUUCGAUCUUCAACGGCUGAAGAAGAUGUUCUACAAUAUCCAGGUAAUUGUGGAGGAGUUUCGUGAAGGACCCAGUGAUUGUAUGCCCCUUUUUGAGAUCUGGAGUUGGGGUGCUCCUUUCUUGAACCCAGAGAGGUUGAACUGGCGCGAUUUGUGCCUCUAUAACCGCAGCAAGGAACCAACAAUAGCUAAUUACGCCAUGGCACGCUCGAUCUUGCUGCGGUUUAUGGAGCUGUUUUGGGAAGAGUAUUUUGGGUUACUUCCGUCAAGUUAUUUGGUGAAGACGAAAAAAGGAGGGAUGAGCGAUUUGUCGUGGGACGAAAACGAAGAGCCCGGACCAUUUGCCUGUAAUGUCACCAAGGAAUACAGCCCUUUCAGCAAGGUGUCCGAGCUCAUGUCAUCGCUCAUCCCAACACCUUGUCAAGACAUGCAAGGUGAUCUUGGAAUGAUCAAGGACCUGGUGGGGUUAAACCAUCACAAAUACCUGUCUUUUGGUUCAAGAGUGGCGUUUUUGGAAUUGUUCCUUGCGGAGGGUGUGGAGUUUGAGGAAAUUGUUCUCUUCUAUGAACGCCUAAUGCUGGUGACAUUACUCCACACCCGGGUCAUCCCUCGGGCUACAAAAGCAAGGUUUAUGCGAAAGGAUUCUAAUCCAAAAAUGAUUUUUCUCACCACUUUAGACCAUAAACCUAUCGCAGAUCCAGCUUUAUUUCAACAAUAUCUCUUGGAUCAUAUAUACCCCAAGCCCGAGGAGACUACACCUGUCACAACUGACAGAGCCACUGGGCGAUUUAAGAAGAGAAGAAUUGACAACAAUUAAGUAAUGUAU